AAUAUUGGGCAGUGACAGGGCGUUUUCCAGAAAGGAAGAAUAAUAUGAUUAUUGAUGAUCCAAAUUCCGGUUGUACGUAUAGAUAUUCAUAGAUACAUAUACAUAUACAUAUAUAGAUACAGCGCAACACCACUGGAACUCACCGCCACUUUUCAUAAAUCCAAUUCCUGUAUGCAAUUAUCGUCCCCCGAUUCAAUCGCUAACAGGUGAAAAGGUAAAAAAGGAGUAAGGAUUAGAAGUGAAAGAGUAUAAAAAAUGGGGCCAAUUUACUACAUAUUAAUCGCGUUUCCGUGUACAGUUGGGGCGAUUGCGUUGGCUCUUGUUCAUAUUUAUCGGCACCUUUUGAAUUACACCGAACCUACUUACCAACGUUUUAUCGUCCGGAUUAUAUUUAUGGUUCCUGUCUAUGCACUGAUGUCUUUCCUGUCACUUAUAUUCAACGAGAAUUCAAUCUAUUUUGAUUCUAUUCGGGAAAUAUACGAAGCUUGGGUUAUAUACAAUUUUCUGGCACUGUGCCUAGAGUGGGUUGGUGGUCCAGGUGCCGUCGUUUUAAGUCUUACUGGACGUGUUCUUAAGCCAAACUGGUGUUUGAUGACGUGUUGUUUCCCUCCGAUUCCACUAGACGGGCGUUUUAUACGGAGAUGCAAGCAAGGGUGUUUGCAGUUUGUGAUUCUCAAGCCGAUCUUGGUGGCAGUUACAUUCAUACUUUAUGCAAAGGGGAAAUACCAGGACGGAAACUUUAGUGCAAAACAGUCAUACCUAUAUAUAACGAUCAUAUACACAGUUUCAUACUCUAUGGCACUGUACGCGCUGGCCUUGUUUUAUGUAGCAUGCAGGGAUCUGCUUCAGCCAUUUAAUCCAGUUCCAAAAUUCAUCAUCAUUAAGAGUGUUGUCUUUUUGACAUAUUGGCAGGGGGUUUUGGUUUUUCUUGCUGCAAAAUCUGGGCGCAUAAAUCUUGAUGCAGAGGAAGCUGCAGAGUUCCAAAACUUUAUUAUUUGUUUUGAGAUGCUUAUUGCAGCUGUGGGUCAUCUUUAUGCAUUUCCAUACAAAGAGUAUGCUGGUGCCAAUAUUGGUACUACCCGUGGGUUUGGAGCUAGUCUUGCUCAUGCUUUGAUGUUGAACGACUUCUAUCACGACACUGUUCACCAGUUUGCACCAGCUUACCAUGAUUAUGUACUCUACAAUCAUAGUAAUGAUACAGGGGAUGAGGGCGCAAGAAAGUACAGGACAAAGACCUUUGUACCAAUUGGUUCGGAGAUGGAAAACGUUAGGAAAAACAAACAAGUGUUUGCAUCAAACAAAGUAGAUGAUGUACAAUCACCUACAUUACAAAGCCCUAACACCACACAAGAAACAGGAAAACCGGAGGCAAUGAACUCAUCAUUGUUAUCAGAUGCCUCAAAUUCUGCUUCUGCAGCAUAUGAUUUCACACUAAUUGAUAUGGACACUCCGGUGCAAACUCCUAAAAAAAGUGGGAAGAAGUGAUAUAGAAAAUGCACUUGACCUGCCACAUCAAUUGUCAUAUCCAAUUAUCAAGCUAUCGUUGGUUAACCUUGGUUUUUCUCUAAAUUAGUUUGUUAGUUCAAGGCAUUAGGAUUUGUACAUGUACUGAAUGGAGUUUUGUUGUGAUUUGUAUGUGUGCGUAAUCGGGGCUAAUAGUGUUCAGGUGGCUUGACUUGGUGGUACUUCGCUUAUACUUGACUCAAAAUCAUCUACAUUUUGAAAUUAUAGCUUUAUAACACGAGAUAAAGUUGACAAAUUUGUCUUUUGCAA